UGGAACUAUUUACAGGGACUAGUUUGAUAAAUAUGCGCAUGAGAUACGACAGAAAACAUUUUUUUUUGAAGGGUUUCAAAUGAGAACCUUGAAAGUUCAUGGCCAUUGAGAGGGGUGUGCGUCACAGAUUCCACCACAACACACAAACCAAUUGGAACAGAAGUUAUAUUUUUGACCACGCCCUGUGGGACCUGUGUGUGACCCCUGUCAAUGCGGCCAUGUGGCACCUGGUCCUCUUCUCCAUCACCCUGAGCCUGGGGGGGCCUGCAACUCAUCCUCUGUGGCAUCCAGGUGGUCAACGGCUGUAUAGGCUGCGUCUGUGGGGACUACCGUGACAAGGAGAUUUGACUCUCGUGACAGACAUUAAAAUAAAAUGUCAACCA